UUAAAAAAAAAUACAAGUAUCCAAUGGCAUAAACAACUUUGUAAAAUUAUCUAUAUUGAUUAUCAUUGGUUUUUCAGAAUUGAAAAAAGGUUAGAAAUCAAAGGAAAAAAAUAGUCUUUCAAAUGAGAAAAUUCAAUCAAUUUUUUGAGAUCUUUAUUUACCAUAUAAAGUUAUUCAAUGAUAAAAAAAAUGAAAUAUUAACUUUUUUGUUAGAGAAAUUUCAUUGAGUCUCUACCGAUAACAAUAUCCUAAUUCUUAUAAAUUAUCUGCGAGGAAUAUGGAAAAUGAAAAAUGAGAACAUGACUCUACAGUGCAACAUUUAAUUUACAUGUGCUAAGAGAAUGCAUUUGAAAGGUGCAGCUUGAUGGGAGAACUUUCAGCUAUACUCUGAGUAGCAAAGUAGCUUGAACAUAUAUCUUGGGCUCAUGUCUUGAAGUAUCACACGUUAUCAUUACUUUUGAUGUAUAAGGCUUGAUCAUGAUAGGUGUUGUGACUCGACCACCAGCUUAGCAAUCUUUCAGGAACCAUUUUGAAUUUUGAGUUCUUUAACUUAUAUAUCUGAUAGGAAAAUAGACUAAUAUACCCCCAUAACUUAUAAGCCAUUCAUGGAAACAAAUAAGAAAAAUUGUUCUUAAAAAAAACAAAUAAGAUAACUUAAUUAAAGACAGCUAAUAAGAAGUCUUACUCCUUGUUUUGGGUCAUAUAAAGAGCUAUAAAUUAAUCUUCUUCAUCUUCAAUCAGUAGUCUUCCCAAAUGGAGGACCAAUUAUAAAAAUACUAGUACAUGACUUCAUUAAAAGUAUACUAUGAUUUGUAUUCUCCUCGUUCCAAUAUCCCUAAUAGUAUAUUGUUUAGAUUAAUAGUAUAAGCUUUAUUACUUAACGACCAGUAGUAAUCCAUGAUUCCUUGACAAAAAAAAAAGUAAUCCAUGAUUAAUUUGGAAUCUUUGGAUAGGUGCCGUGGGUUCCUUAAACAUAAAAACAUAGGAAUAUAGCCAUAUAUAAGUCAACAUCUUCCAGUCACCAUCCUCUCUAUCUCUCUUCUUGAUGCGCCCAUAUUUUUUGCUAUUAACAAUUCAUAAUCUCCACUUUUUCAUUCCAUCACCUUCAACAGAAACACCCUUUUAAAAUAUUAUAUAAUUCCACCCAAAAAGCUUUCAACUAAGGAAUAUUUCCUCCUCCUUCUCGCUCUCAUUUUCUCUCAUCGGCUCCAACCUUUUAAUUUAUCAAAUGUUUUCUCAAAAUCGCAGAACAUCAAGAAUCAACCAACUCAUGAAAACAAUCCUUAUUCUUGGUCUUCUUCUUAUCCCUUCUAGUUGCUGCAAUGGAGCAGGAACCACGAACGUAUUCAGCACGAGUUCACCACCCAAAGUACAAGACCACAGAAGUGUACAGUAUUGGUGGUUCUUGCCACAUCGUUUCCCGGUUCCAGGUUCUGGUCCUUCCAGAAGACACAAUGACAUCGGUUUAAGUACUACUAGUACUCGAUCUUCUCCUUGAAGGAACCAGGAUAAGAAUCAAGAAGAAACUUAUUGAAGGAGCAUGGCCCAGCAAACAAGCAAGAAUAAAUCGGUUUCAUUGAAGGAAAUGAGCAAACAAGCUUUGUGGAUGUAGCAAGAUAAAAUCUUGUAAUUACUUGGAUAUCUCAGUAACUUGCAUAGAUCUAUACAGAAUAGUCUAGGGAAAUGUACUUCAGAUUGCUUGACUUGAACCGUGUUAAUGGUAGAGAAGUGAACUGGUCAAAACAUGAACAAUUAAAUCAGACAAGUGCUUGACUGGAGUUAAUAAAAUUAAUAAAUUAGUAACUAGAAAAUUUUAUUCAAUAUAUGAAACAACUUAAACAAAUUUUAAAACUUAAAACGACACUUAAUAUGAAACAUAAUGAAUAUUAAUCUAUUAUGACUUAGGUUCUAAAUGGUAAUAUUGCAGAAUAACUACAGUGCAAUUCUAAUAAUAACAAAAACAUAUAUAUGCAUAGAUAUAUCGAUUUUUUUACUAUUAUCUGAUGUGCGGUGUGGUUUUGUCCGUUACGUUUUGAAAUAAUUAAUGAACCAAUAUGUAUGUAUAUGUAUAUAUGUAUAUUUAUAUUGGUUCAUUAAUUAUUUCAAAACGUUACGGACAAAACCACACCGCACAUCAGAUAAUAGUAAAAAAUCGAUAUAUCUAUGUAUUUAUAUGUUUUUGCUGUUAUUAAAAUUGCACCGUAGUUAUUUUGCAAUGUUACCAUUUAUAAACUAAAUCAUAAUAAAGCUCAUUUUCCAAUCUUCCAUUUACCAUAUAUGGAAAUAGCGGAAUUCGAGAACCUUCACUGGCAAGGCUUCUCAUGUCUCAGUUGUUCAAAAACAACAGCCGUGAAUAGGCAGGCUAGAGAUAGCCUGCUCUCCAUACCGCCAUCUCCAAGAUACCGAAUUAUAAUGUGGAAAAUGUUUCUCCUUUCUCUCAAAACAAUGUUCUUUAUGCAUCAUCCAUUAGUUGCCAUAAUAUGUUUUUACAGAGGUAAACAAUAAAGUUAGCUUUUUUGUUGGUUUUUAAGAGCAUCUACAACCAUGGCUUUAGCAGGGAUUCUAAAUUUUUAAAGAAAAAGAAAAAAAAUUAGGAGAAAAAAUGGAGAAUAAAAUCUUAUAUCAAGACCUUUUAGAACUUCACUAUAUUUCCACAUAACAUUUGUAACUUAUACAUUAGUUGGAUUUUUAUUUUACAAUUAACUUUUAAUUCUCUAAUUAUAUUUUACUAAAAUAUUAAUAUUUUUUCUAUUUUAGAAAUUUUUUGGUGUUCUUAUUGUUGGAAGUGCUCUAAGAGCAUGAUGAAUAGUGGUCUAACAGGCUAAAACCCAAAUUGGUCUUACAAUUGAAACCUACUCUUCUUUGAUAAUGGUCUAUUACCUGCCCUUUACCAGUUUUUGCAACCUCCAGCAUCCUCUUGACUUUUUACAGCCAACUCUCAUUGAAAUGAUGUUGAUGAUGAUGUCUACUUCGUUGAAAACUUUUGGGAAUUUGGUUUUCUUACAACAACAAACUCUGUUUUAACGUCAAGCAAAAGGCAUCAGACGCUUCCCAGCUCACAAGCAGAGACUUUACUCCAUACUCAUUUAUGAUUAUAUCCCCAAUACGCUAAUUAAACCUUUGAUAGCUAAAUACAAGUAUAUGCACCUACAAAAUUCAGUUUAGAUGUUCUAAACUUUCAAUUAAUAUAAACUAACAUGAAUACAAAGUUUUAUAUUUUUGGGUCGUGUUAUAAAUGUUCUCAACUAAAGUACAAUGGUUAAACUUCUUAUAAAGCUUUUCCUUUAUUCCUGACUCGAUUCAACCAGACAUCAAAGGCCA